CCAUCUCUGUCUUUCAGUUUCUGUCUUCUCCAGGAAUCACUUGAAUUUCUGUAUCCCUUCGUUUUUCUCCUAUUUUCCUCUGAUUUUCCCAAGAAAAUGCUGGGAUUCUUGUGGAAGUCGCCGCUUUAACGACCCCUUUACCAAUACUUAGGGUUUCCUUGACCGCCAUUGCGGGAUACGAAAACCUGCGAUUCCCCCAUUCCACCGGUGCAGCAGCUCAAAUUACAUCUGUCUUCGGAAGAAAUGACGAGCUACGGUGGCGGCGGGAGUAGAAUUCAUACGGUGCAGCCGGAGAGAGAUUUGGAGGCCAAUUGGGAUGUUGAUUUGUCAGACAAGCUCGAAGAGUACCUGCUCAAGAUCUGCUCCGGAGAAAUUAUGGGAAACGAGGACGAUGGGCAGAUUACCGUAAAUUUUGCCGAAGCUGCUUUACUGCUUCAGGGUUCGGCCCAAGUGUACAGCAAGAAGGUGGAGUAUCUGUACAAUUUGGUUCUGCACACGUUGGAGUUUCUCUCGAAGCAGAGGGAGCAGGAACAAUCCGAAGGUGUUUCUGCCCAGGCUGAAGAAACCUGCUCCCGUCAAGUUUCUGAUGAAGAAAACGAUCUUUUCUGGAAUGUAGAUGACAUCCCAGUGGACACGAAGAAUUGCUUAGAUAGUUCAAAUGGCAGAGAUUCCUGUCCCAGUCACUUUUUGAAACCUCCAUCAAAUAUAGUUGUUCUGGAAGGUGACUGCUUAGAUACUAGUGGUGACGGCGGGGAAUUGGAAUCCUAUCUGUUGGCUGCGACCAACCUCUACCGGAAUUUUAUUCUAUUAGACCCAUGUGAUGCUGUAGCAGUGAAUGAAUUUUUAGAUGGUAACUAUGUCAGCAAAGGAAAGAACAGUGCUCGCAGAGGCAGCUCGGUUCGCAAGGGCUUCCUCUCUCCAGCAGGACGUUCUGGAGGUACUGGUCAUAGAUCAUCCGCUGGAAAGAAUCAGGACACCAAUUGUGACCAACGGUUUAGUAACUUCAGAGACAGUGAUCCUGAUUCUGUAGCUGUCAGUAAUCUGAGAGACAAUGAUCAUGAAUUCAUUAUGGAUGACGGACAUGGAGAAACCAUGGAUAUGAGUGACUCAGAUGCUGAUAAUGAUGAUCCGUGGAAGCCUUUGAAUCCCCAUGAACCUGGGAAUUUGAAAGUGAAACCUUUCAGAAAAGUGAAAACUUUCAAGAAGAAUGGAGGAAGGCUUGCUAAGAACCAUGUGACUUCCUUGUUCCCUCUUGCCAGACCGCAUGGUUCCGUCAGUCCAGAACUCACUGAAAUUUGGGAGAUGCGUCAUAAUGCGAGCAAGAAAGAGAGAGAAUCACAUGAUAUUCCUUAUUAUGAAAAGCUUCGCCAAUCACUUGUGAAUGGAGGGAACCAUCCUUCUGAUGCCUAUAGCAAUCAUAAGGAUGAAGAGGACGAUGACCAUGAUGCAGCAAAUGAUGGCGACUUCCAUGAUUUUGAAAAACACCACGGUGAUGAUGCUCCAGAGCAUUUGUUCAUGGAUGAGGAUGUCCUCAAUAUGAAUGAUGACAGAGCAACGAAGUUCCGGGACAACAAGGCAUUUGAGAAUGGGGAUGAAUACUGUCAUGAAAACCUGGAAGAUCUUUGCCGCUCACACCUGGAUGCUCUCCUUGCUAGUAUAGCUGAAAGUGAGAAGCAAACAGAACUUGCUGCCCGUGUUUCUUCGUGGAAACAGAAAAUCGAGCAAAACCUCGAAGAACAAGAUUCACGCCCUCCUUUUGACAUUCAUGAAUACGGCGAAAGGAUUAUCACUAAUCUUUCCGUGGAAGAGGAGUGUGGGAACUCGAAGUCGUUUGCUGAUAUUGUGAAGGGCCUAGAGAAGCCAGACAUAGCUCGAUCAUUUUCUGCGCUUCUCCAGUUGGUGAAUAACGGAGAUGUUGAUCUGGAAAAGCCUGGAAACGGAGAACCUAUAUGUUAUACUGCGGCAAACCCUUUCCAUAUCCGGCUGCUCAGAAAUAAUAAUGCCAGAGAUGAGAAAAGGGCGAUGCAUUUGUCUCGAAAACGAGCCAAAUCCCCUAUCAAAAAGGAGACAGAUGGAUCUCCACAUAAACCGAGUACGGGGUUAGCCUCAAGCUGUGCUCGGAAAGUCUCGGUGAAACUUUCAAAGAUCAAUGUUUCACGAUGCACUCCCGAUGGCAAAAAGAGACGAAAGGCCCGCCCUGCUAGCCAAUCUGACUUGAGUUCCGCAAGGUAACACUUUCCAGAGAAACCCGUCGAAAAUUGAUCAGAGAGUAUCUUUGUAGGUGUAUGACUAUCAACUUCCAUGUAAGUUAUACCUGUCUUAGAAGAAGUAACAUUUAGCUGACCAGAUCUUGUAUGUACUUAGGAGGAAUGUCACUUGCCUGUGUAUUAUCUCUUCAUUAUGUUAUCUAUUAAGUUUCGGGGUUUGUUUAUUUA